AAACACAAUUUUUUCUGAAGUUUUUAUUGUUGUUGUUGUUGCUUUCUGUUUUUUGUUUGUAAUAGGAGGGAGCAACAAAGACAGUAACUGGACAACAAAAACAUGAUAUUGGCAUUAUUGAACGAGCUCCACAAGAUCAAACAAAUAAGAUGCCCAUAUCUGAAUUAGGACAAAAAGAAGAUACAAAAUCAACUUCAGUUUCUGAGAUUAUCUCUUUGAAUGAUACACAGAAUUAUGUGUGUUUACCUGAGGCUACAUAUCAAAAAGAAAUAAAGACAAUAAAUGGCAAAAUAGAAGAGUUUCCUGAAAAGCCUUCUGACUUUGAGCCUGCCAUUGAAAUGCAAAACUCUGUCCCAAAUAAAGGCUUAGAAUGGAAGAAUAAACAAACAUUAAGAGCAGAUUCAAGUAGCCUAUCAAAAAUCUUGGAUGCAGUUCCUUCUUCUGAAAGAGCACGGAAACUUAAAAAAGAUCACUGUGAACAACUUACAACAAAACUGAAACAAAUGAAAAAUGAGUUUUGUGUACUACAAAAGGAACUAUCAGAAGCAAAAGAAAUAAAAUCACAGUUAGAGAACCAAAAAGUUAAAUGGGAACAAGAGCUCUGCAGUGUGAGAAUGACUUUGAUGAGUCAAGAGAAGAAGGCUUCAGUCGAAAUCCUUAAAAGAGUGAUAGAGCAAGGAACAUCCCUGAGAAAGAGAAUGCAAAUAAACUCACAGUUAGAGAAUCAAACAGUUAAAUUGGAACAAGAGCUCCGCAGUGUGAGGUAUGACAUCCUAGUUUCUCACACUCAUGAAAAUGAAAAUCUCCUACAUGAAAAUCGCAUGUUGCAAAAGGAAAUUGCCAUGCUAACGCUGGAAAUACCCAAACUAAAACGCCAACACCAGGAGAAGGAAAAUAAAUACUUUAAGGACAUUAAGAUUUUAAAAGCAAAGAAUACUGAACUUCAAAUGACUCUAAAACUGAAAGAGGAAUUCCUCUAG